UGCGGUCUUUUAAAUGUCGGUGUUGCUGCCAUAUUUGGUCCACAAUCCACACACACGGCCAGUCAUGUUCAGAGUAUAUGUGACAAUAUGGAGAUUCCCCAUUUAGAAAAUCGUUGGGAUUAUCGUUUGCGUAGAGAAAGCUGUCUGGUAAAUCUAUAUCCAAAUCCAAAUCUAUUGGCAAAGGCUUAUGUGGACAUUGUCAGACAAUGGGGCUGGAAAUCCUUUACAAUCAUCUAUGAAAAUAAUGAUGGAUUGAUGCGUGUCCAGGAGUUGCUUAAGGAGCACGGUCCUACACCAUUUCCAAUUAAUGUUCGUCAAUUGGAUAUGUAUGGUGAUCAUAGGCCAAUGUUGAAGCAAAUUAAAAACACCGCAGAAUCGCACAUUGUGCUGGACUGUUCAGCGGAUAAAAUCUACGAAGUUUUGAAGCAGGCACAACAAGUUGGCCUGAUGAGUGAUUAUCACAGCUAUUUAAUAACAUCGCUCGAUUUGCAUGCCAUCAAUUUGGAUGAGUUUCGUUAUGGUGGGACAAACAUCACCGGAUUUCGGUUAAUCAAUGAGAAAAUUGUCAAUGAUGUUGUGCGCCAAUGGAGUAUCGAGGAUAAGGGUGUUUUGCGUUCGGCAAAUUUAACAACAAUUAAAACGGAAACAGCUCUUAUGUAUGAUGCUGUGCAUUUGUUCGCCAAAGCUCUACAUGAUUUGGAUACAUCGCAGCAGAUCGAUAUAAACCCUUUGAGUUGUGAUGGGCAGAAUACAUGGCAGCAUGGCUUUAGUCUGAUCAAUUAUAUGAAAAUUGUCGAAAUGAAGGGUUUGACAAACGUCAUCAAAUUCGAUCAUCAAGGUUUUCGUAGUGAUUUUAUAAUGGACAUUGUGGAAUUGAGUCCGGGAGGGAUACGUAAAGUUGGUACAUGGAAUUCCACUCUGCCGGAUGGAGUGAACUUUACAAGGACUUUUGGACAGAAGCAGCAGGAAAUCGAGGCGAAUUUAAAAAAUAAAACGCUAAUCGUAACAACAAUAUUGAGUAAUCCAUAUUGCAUGAGAAAGGAAUCAGUGGUCUCGUUGAGUGGCAAUGAUCAAUUUGAAGGUUAUGCUGUAGAUUUAAUACACGAAGUUUCCAAAUCGCUGGGUUUUAAUUAUAAAAUUCAGUUGGUUCCGGACGGAAGUUAUGGCAGCUUCAAUAAAUUAACAGGCGAAUGGAAUGGUAUGAUUCGAGAACUGCUAGAACAGCGAGCCGAUUUGGCAAUUGCAGAUUUGACAAUCACCUUUGAAAGAGAACAAGCUGUUGAUUUUACCACACCAUUUAUGAAUCUGGGUGUUUCGAUAUUAUAUCGCAAACCCGUGAAACAACCACCGAAUCUAUUUUCGUUCCUAUCACCUCUAUCGUUGGAUGUUUGGAUUUAUAUGGCCACGGCAUAUUUGGGUGUUUCGGUGCUACUCUUUAUAUUGGCCAAAUUUACACCCUAUGAAUGGCCAUCGUAUACCGAUCCACAUGGCGAAAAAGUGGAAAGUCAAUUUACUCUCUUGAAUUGCAUGUGGUUUGCAAUUGGUUCGCUGAUGCAGCAAGGAUGUGAUUUUCUGCCCAAAGCCCUGUCGACUCGUAUGGUAGCUGGUAUUUGGUGGUUCUUUACCUUGAUAAUGAUUUCAUCGUAUACUGCCAAUUUGGCUGCUUUCCUUACGGUCGAACGCAUGGAUUCCCCCAUUGAAAGUGCUGAAGAUUUGGCCAAACAGACCCGCAUCAAAUAUGGUGCCUUGAAAGGUGGCAGUACAGCAGCUUUCUUUAGGGAUUCUAAAAUCUCCACUUAUCAGAGAAUGUGGUCUUUCAUGGAAUCGGCAAGACCUUCUGUGUUUACGUCAAGUAAUGGUGAAGGUGUUGAACGAGUUGCUAAGGGAAAAGGAAAUUAUGCUUUCCUUAUGGAAUCGACAUCCAUUGAAUAUGUGACAGAACGUAACUGUGACCUAACACAAGUGGGUGGAAUGUUGGACACAAAAUCCUAUGGCAUUGCGACACCACCGAAUUCCCCAUAUCGCACCGCCAUCAACAGUGUCAUUCUAAAACUUCAGGAAGAGGGUAAACUACACAUUCUCAAAACAAAAUGGUGGAAAGAAAAACGUGGCGGUGGCAAAUGUCGUGUAGAAACUUCCAAGUCUUCAUCGGCAGCAAAUGAACUGGGUUUGGCAAAUGUAGGAGGCGUUUUCGUUGUUCUAAUGGGCGGCAUGGGUGUGGCUUGUGUCGUUGCCGUUUGUGAAUUUGUCUGGAAAUCACGGAAAGUGGCUGUCGAAGAACGUCUCAGUGCCAUAUUACACGAAUGAGAAUGAG